AUGGAGGCCUCUCUACGAUCGAGCAUUCUGGACUAUCGUCGCGAGAAUGGCCGCACAUAUCACCGCAUGAGCGACGGGAAAUAUGCUUUUCCAAACGAUGACCGAGAGCAAGAGCGGCUGGACAUCGUCAAUCACGUGUGGAUGCUGACCCUCGACGGAAACUUCUGCUUGUGUCCGAAGAACAACGACACUGCUAGGCAGGUCCUCGACCUUGGCACAGGAACUGGUAUCUGGUCUAUCGACUACGCUGAAGCUCACGAGAAAGCCGAAGUACUCGGCGUCGACCUCAGUCCAAUUCAGCCAGAAUACGUCCCUCCAAAUUGCCGCUUCGAAAUCGACGAUAUAGAAAAAGAAUGGGCCUGGAACACACUUUUCGACUUCAUCUUCUGCCGCGACAUGAACGGAAGUUUUGGUGAUUGGGAGGGAGUCAUAACUCAAGCAUACAAUAACUUGGAACCAGGCGGCUACUUCGAAAUCCAAGAUAGUAUCUGGCCUCCCGUCUGUGAUGACGGCACCUUCAGCGAGGACUCCGCGUUGUACAAGUGGACCCGUCUCUUGGUAGAAGCUUCGGACAAACUUGGACGCCCAAUUGACCAGACUGCCCAAAGACCGAUGAUGAUGCAGGCUAUUGGGUUCGAAGAUAUACGAACCACGCGAGUUGUGUUCCCGGUUUCUCCGUGGCCAAAAGACGACCGACUCAGAGAGUUAGGCAAAUGGAACCUGUACCAGCUUCUCCCGGGCUUGGAAGCCCUCACUCUUGGCCUGUUGACGCGUGCACUGGGUUGGUCGAAACCGGAAGUUUUGGUUUUGUGUGCCCAUGUUCGAAGGGACCUCCAAGAUACGAAGAUCCACGCCUACUGGAAUGGAUAUGUCAUGUAUGGCCGCAAGCCAUUGAACGCCCCUAGAACGCGUUACAUGGAACUAGAAUCUGUACCUUAG